AUACCAACAAAAGGCAUGGCCUUCAACGUCACAAGUUCUUACACCAUAAGGAGAACAAGAAGAAAAAACCAACAAAAAAGAUCUAGUCCUAGAAUCCAACAGGGGCGACCUCACCUCCAAGAACACAUAGCCAUGUCAAGAAACUUGCUUCUUGUUCUUUUUGCAGUAGCCACCUUCCUCCAUGGCUCAGAAGCACAAACCAGACACGUGGUAGGUGAUGCCACGGGCUGGAUCAUCCCUCCCGGCGGCGCCGCCACCUACACCACCUGGGCUUCCAACAAAACAUUCACCGUAGGCGACACUCUCGUGUUUAACUUCACCACCGGCCAACACGACGUGGCCAAGGUAACGAAAUCAGCCUACGACGCGUGCAACGGCGGGAACGCCGUUUUGACCCUGACCUCCGGUCCAGCCACCGUAACCCUGAACGAAACAGGGGAACAAUACUACAUUUGCUCCUUUGGAUCACACUGUUCCGGCGGUCAGAAGCUGGCAAUUAACGUUAACAGAGCUUCUUCUAGCACUCCUUCCCCUGCUCCUGAAGCACAAGCACCAGCACCAAAAGCCACUAGCCCCAUUUCUCCACCAAGGUCUACACCAGCACCUGGCCCUUCCUCUGGAUCAGUUACUUACACUGUUGGAGAGACUGCAGGCUGGAUUGUUCCUGGCAACGCUUCCUUUUACCCAGCUUGGGCCUCUGCCAAAAACUUCAAGGUUGGAGACAUCCUAGUUUUCAACUACCCAUCAAAUGCACACAACGUAGAGGAGGUGACAAAGGCCAACUACGAUUCUUGCAGCUCAGCCUCUCCUAUCGCCACUUUCACCACUCCACCGGCCAGAGUCCCCCUUAGCAAAUCCGGUGAACAUUACUACAUCUGUGGAAUUCCGGGGCACUGUUUGGGAGGACAAAAGCUUUCCAUCAACGUCACCGGCGGCAGCACCGCCACCGCCCCCACCACUCCUUCUAGCCCUUCUCCAUCAGGUGCUGUCAGUCCUCCCCCACAGAACUCUGCUGCUGCAUCUCUCGGUCUUGUUGGAGUAUCCGCCACCCUUCUUUCAGUUGCCGCGGCUUUUUUCUAUUAUUCUAUUUAUUAGGAUUCUUCGCUCUUUGAUUUAUCUUUAGUGAAUUCAGUUUUUCUUUUUCUUUUGUUUUUGAGGGUGACAAUAAAGUUAGCUUCUAUUUCAUCUCCCUUCAUCGGCUACAGUUUUCUGUACUGUAUUCUAGUACAUACAUUUGGAAUUGAGAUAUAUAUUUGUGUGGUGAACAAAUUCGCAA